AUGAACUAUGGAUUCAACUUCAAGAACACUCGCCUAAAAUCAUCAACAGCUAUGCAAACAUUUCGUUUUGCAUUGUUUAUGGCCUUCGGCAUUUGGUUAUUAUACCAGAUCAAUCAAUCAUCCACAAAGAAGAGUAUCACUGGUGAGAUCUUCUCAAUCCAUCUCAACAACCAGCGAAUUUCCAGCAUAUUGGGACGAAAAGGGCGAGUCACACCAUUGAAGUCGACUCACCGAGUCAACUCAGAAGUGAUUCUAGAUGAUACAACGAAUCCCGGUGAACUCAAUGAUGGUGUCCAAGAACAGGAAUCGAUAGCAACAGAAGUGUUGACUAAGAAGUCAAACGAUCAUGAACUUAAAGAGCCUGAAGAUGGUGUUUAUAGAUUUCUUGAUGAAAAUGGAAUUCCUGAGGCUGAUCGUGAAAAGUUAGUUGUGAAUGAGUCGACUCCGUCGGGUAAUGAAAAUUGA